AGUAAUUUUCUUUCUGAUUGACCCAUGUGUAGAGUGUGGCGGAUUAUCAAUCUGCAUGUCAGGUGCAAAAACCAAUUACAUGGUUAGUGUUUUAAAUGUUAAUUUAUUCCCGGGGAUGUACCUCUGCUGGGGUACAUAGAGUCUUAUAUCACAUUUUACUAAAACGAUAAGUGAAAGUAGCGUAAGGAAGUUGCAACUAUAGCAGUAGCAGUUGAAUGUGAAGUCAGCAGAAUGUGAUGUCAGCGGAAUCUGGUUAACACAUGGGGCUUUUCCCGUAUCUUCUUUGUGGCCGGUGGAUUGUAGAAGUGCGCAAUGCGGAGUAGUGCAGGAAUUAUAUACUAUAGCCUGCCGGAAGACUGCCAACAGGUGAACUUAGGUGUUCGAAAUUGAUUGACACGCUGAGUGGAGCUACGGAUAAAUUACAAUACACCCCAGAGACUGCGCGCCAUCCGCACUGACUGUGUCGUACUACAGUGUAACAUCCGCAAGAAGGACGAAGUACGUGACUGAUCGAGGGACAUCGUGUAACAGAAAAGCUUUUACACAAAUCCACUAAUUGCGGAAAUUCAUGUUGUCCACCACCGGAUUGAGGAAAAUGAAGAUUUGGACCAUAUUUCUCGUCUUCAUAGGUUUGACCACAAAGGCAUUCCCUGGCUUCUGUUUCCCUGCAGACAUUGAGAGACAACUAGUUCAAUCUCUGAUGGUCAACUAUGACGUGGACGUUCGACCAGUGGAGAACACGUCCGUGCCCAUUGUGGUCAAGUUAGGCAUGGCACUUAACCAAAUUAUUGAUGUGGACGAGGUGAACCAAAUCAUCGUAUCCAGCGUCUGGUUCAGACUGAGAUGGAACGACUUCAAACUGCGAUGGAAUAGCAGCAGCUAUGGUGGUCUUUCUAGUAUCCGGAUCUCAUCUGGCAGAAUAUGGCGACCCGAUUUAACUCUUUAUACAGACGUGAAAGAAUCUGCGUCUACUUUCACACACUACAACGCUAUUGUAUCUGCAGACGGUAGCAUCAGUUGGAAUUUCCCCGCCAUAGUUCGCAGCACGUGUAGUUUGAAUGUUCGCUAUUUUCCUUACGAUGAACAGAGAUGCCCUCUCAAAUUUGGAUCAUGGACGUUUGAUGGACUUCAGUUAGACUUAAAAAAUCUGUCGAUGUCAGGAGAUUCGUCCACUUAUGUCACAAACGGGGAGUGGGAAUUGAAAGAUAUCCCUGUGGUCCGCAAUGAGUUGUAUUACAAUUGUUGUCCGGAGCCCUACCCUGAUGUCACAUUCACAAUCAUAAUCAGACGACAGUCACUCUUCUACCUUUUCAACUUGGUUCUACCUUGUGCACUGAUUGUUGCAAUAACGAUCCUUGUUUUCUACCUUCCCCCAGAGUCUGGAGAGAAGGUAUCACUUAGUGUGACAGUGCUGUUGGCACUAACAGUUUUUCUGCAGAUUGUGGCACAAACCAUGCCAGCACAGUCGGAGGUAGUACCGUUGAUUGGUGAGUAUUUUGGCGCGGCAAUAGCCUUGCUCUCCGUCUCCACAGCCCUGACUGUGAUUGUAUUGAACCUACACUUUCGUGGCUCCCACAACAACGAAGUCCCUUACUGGAUGAGGAAAGUCGUGCUAGAGUACAUGGCUAAGCUACUUUUUAUGACGGAGACAGUGAAAAGGAAUGUAUCAAGUCCCAAAAAGGAGGAGACCCGCGUAUAUCCCUCCCAUAUACCACACCUGGCAAAUGGCAAGAAAACUCCACACUAUCCUAAUACUUCAGUCAGAGAUCUUCGUAAAGAACCCCUCGCUAUCUUAGACUUGGAACCCCAGAACGACACCAACAGUCUGCUCCUCUCAAUAAGCAAAACAUUAGACAAAUUUGAGGUGUAUCUGGAGGAGAAAGAAGUCCAGGAGCAAUGUGAGACAGAUUGGCAGCUAGUGGCGAGAGUUGUGGACAGGUUUCUCUUAGUCGUGUUUUCUCUCAUCACCCUGAUCGUGUCUGUCACCAUUUUUUCAAACCGACCAACUUACGACUAAGUGUGGUUUGGCCGUCCCGCUUUUUUAAGCUAAAACUUGGCCCGUAUACAAAUCAUGAAUAUACGUGAAAUGAUUCUUAUUUACUCUUACGCCAGGUAGUACCCUAUAAAAACAUUACGGGAAGCAUAUCAUAGCAAUAUGGACUUAUGGAAAUGAAUUUUAAAAAAGACCUAAGAAGAAAAAAUCUAAUACUAGUACAUUUGUGAACAUUGAACAUUAUGUAUAUGUAAAGCAGUCUGAAACUUUACAGGCUUUAUAUUAGCAGGCUAUGUUUCGCCUGUACAAUUUUUGUCUGUUUUUACGCCUAUAUCAUGGCCAUCGCGGUGUGUUAAUCGUGCAGAUACCAUAAUAUUUGGAAUUAGAGGGCAUAUACGUAUAAUUAUUUUUUAGAGAACAAGUAGACUUAACUGUAUCCAUGGCGUCACCCACACUUACGUCCAUUGCUUUUAGUAAGAAAUCAUGAAACAAUUUUCAAA